CGGAGCGUGAGGAAAAGUGCCGGCGGAGGGAGCGCAUAGCAACAGGGCUCCGGGAUGAAGAAGAUUCGGCAGCAGCAUCUCCGCAAGCCUGUAACACCAGACCUCUUGGUGAGCCCGAGCAGUCAGGAUGGGGACCUGGGCUCAGCCGAUCCCGAGGACAGAGGGACCUGGACAGGGCGCCUGGAUUUCCUCCUGUCCUGCAUCGGGUACUGCGUGGGCCUUGGAAAUGUCUGGAGAUUCCCGUACAGGGCGUACACCAAUGGAGGAGGUGCUUUCCUGGUUCCCUACUUCAUCAUGCUGGCCAUCUGCGGGAUUCCCAUCUUCUUCAUGGAGCUGUCGCUUGGGCAAUUCUCCAGCCUGGGGCCACUUGCUGUCUGGAAGAUAAGCCCACUCUUUAAAGGUGUUGGCAUGGGCACGAUCCUCAUCGUCUCCCUGGUGGCCAUUUACUACAAUAUGAUCAUUGCUUACGUUCUCUUCUACCUCUUUGCAUCCCUAACAAGUGACUUGCCCUGGCAGCACUGUGGCAACUGGUGGAACACUGACCUGUGCUUGGACCAUCACGUCAUCAAGGCAGGAAAUGCCUCCUUCCCUGUCAAUAUCUCCAACACUGUCAGCCCCAGCGAGGAGUACUGGAGUCGGUAUGUUCUGCACAUCCAAGGGAGCUCUGGAAUCGGGGAUCCUGGGAGGAUCCGCUGGAACCUGUGUCUAUGCUUACUCCUUUCUUGGACUAUUGUCUAUCUGUGCAUCCUCAAGGGAGUGAAAUCCUCUGGCAAGGUUGUGUAUUUCACUGCCACCUUCCCUUACCUCAUCUUGGUGAUGCUGCUUGUCCGUGGCGUGACGUUGGAGGGGGCCUGGAAGGGCAUCAAGUUCUAUCUCACACCACAGUUUGAUCACUUGCUGUCUUCCAAGGUGUGGAUUGAGGCAGCCCUGCAGAUUUUCUAUUCGCUUGGUGUAGGCUUUGGGGGCCUCCUCACCUUUGCCUCAUACAAUACUUUCCAUCAGAAUAUCUACAGGGACACCUUCAUAGUGACCCUGGGCAAUGCCAUCACCAGCAUCCUGGCUGGAUUUGCCAUCUUCUCUGUUUUGGGAUAUAUGUCCCAGGAGCUCGGGGUCCCUGUGAAUCAAGUGGCAAAAGCAGGACCUGGCCUGGCUUUUGUGGUGUACCCCCAGGCCAUGACAAUGCUUCCCCUUUCUCCAUUCUGGUCCUUCCUGUUCUUCUUCAUGCUGUUAACCUUGGGCCUGGACAGCCAGUUUGCCUUUAUGGAGACCAUUGUUACAGCAGUGACAGAUGAAUUUCCCUACUACUUGCGACCAAAGAAAGCCUUUUUCUCGGCUGUCAUCUGCAUUGCCCUCUUCCUGAUGGGGCUCAUCCUCACGACAGAGGGUGGGAUGUACUGGCUGGUCCUACUGGAUGAUUACAGCGCUGGCUUUGGUCUCAUGGUGGUGGUCAUCACUACAUGCAUCGUGGUGACACGUGUCUAUGGCAUUAAGAGGUUCUGCCGAGAUAUUCACAUGAUGCUGGGCUUCAAACCAGGGCCCUACUUCAGAGCCUGUUGGAUGAUCCUGUCCCCAGCAACGAUGAUGGCUCUGCUGGUCUACAAUAUCAUCAAGUACCAGCCCUCUGAGUACGGCAGCUACCGCUUCCCUGCUUGGGCUGAGGCCUUGGGCAUCCUCAUGGGACUCUUCUCCUGCCUGAUGAUUCCCGCUGGCAUGGUGUUGGCUGUGCUCCGAGAAGAAGGGACGCUGUGGGAGCGCAUCCAGCAAGCCAGCAGGCCCACCAUGGACUGGGGCCCAUCGCUGGAGGAGAACAGGACUGGCAUGUACGUGGCGUCCCUGGCCGGCAGCCAGUCCCCCAAGCCGCUCAUGGUGCACAUGCGGAAAUACGGAGGCAUCACCAGCUACGAGAACACGGCCAUCGAGGUGGACCGGGAGAUGGAGGAGGAGGAGGAGGAGGAAUCCAUGAUGUGAGGGGUCCUGAAGCCCUCCCGAAGCCUCCCUGUGGGGGCUUGUCGCCCCAAAACUUGCACAGGUCGCGCUUGGGCACUUCAGGCUGGCCUGGGGGGCCAUGCAGGGGGCAGUCAGGGUUGCCAACCCUACUGGCCUCCUUGCCACCAGCUCCUCACCAGGAGAGGGCUGCUGCUGGGUCUGCCCUUCCUCGAGGUGUUCCUGUUCAGUGUGGUGAGCUGUGUGAUGCAUCUGUGCAGUCGUGUGAUGGUGUCUGGUGCAAGUGUCUGGUUGUCCCCAUCCCACCCUCAGGCUCAGCAAGCAGGCAGGAGAGGACCCUGCGCUGCCCUCCCUUUGCAGGGGUGCUAGGGGUGGCGGGAGGCAGCGAGGAUGAGGCCCUCUGUGUCUGUCUAUCUCUCUGCUAACGCAUAUUUAACUCCAGGGACCCACAAACAUGUAUGGGAAAGGACUGUGUUAACAUCCUCUGAGGAAGGUGUGCGUCAGGGUGCUCUGCUUAGAGAGGUGCUCCAGGGCAACAAGGGUCGGUCAGUGUCCAGGGACUGACCUAAUAAAUGAGCAGUGGUUAAAAACAAAACAAAACAAGACAAGAAGUGGAAUCUUUAGGAACAGAGCAGUUUGGGCCCUUCCAAGCAUGUGGGUCUCCCCGAGACCUUGGCGGGUCAGGGCAGCUCCUCACUGCGUUUUGCAGAGCUGGGCUGUGCUAGAGGGACAGGAAUAGAGCAGGUGAUGCAUUCCCCGUGCACACAGGAGGUCCAUUCUCCGCUCUGAGCAGAGCCGAAGGAGGACCUGUGUCCAUCCCCCUGGAUUUUGGGGCAGCUCAGCCCAAGCCCCAUGUUACAGGGAGGUCGUGACUCUGCUGUGUGGAGCCCCAUAUCUGCGUGUCUGAGCCCA